AUGAGUGCUAAUACGCGACGUGCUCUUAGUUUGAAUGACAAACUAGACAUUUUAAGAAAAUAUGAUCAACUUCCAAAGAUGGGACAACGUGAUGCAGCAGUUAGGCUGAACAUUUCACAAUCGGUAUUGGGUAGAAUAUUGAAGAAUAGGGAAGACAUUGAAUGUGAAGCAUUACAAAAUGAGUCGCAAAGUCGAAAAAGGAAAAGAUGUGGAAAGGAUGAUACUGUUGAACGUGCAUUGAAAGAAUGGUUCGUAAAAGUUAGAAAUAAAGAUGCUCGCGUGUCAGGUCCUUUGCUUCGCCAAAAAGCUGAAGAAUUGGCAGAAAAAAUGGGAAAGGUUGACUUCAAAGCGACAGAGGGGUGGUUCCAUCGGUGGAAAAAAAGAGAAAACAUUUGUUUCCAAAAAAUGCACGGAGAACAAGGUGACGCAGAUUUUACGAGUGCACAUUUUUGGCUAGAAAAUGAAUGGCCUUCAAUCAUCUCCGAAUUUUCACCCUCUGAUGUAUUUAAUGCUGAUGAGACUGGCCUGUACUUUAGAGCACUACCUGAGCAUACUUAUGUUCUUCAAAAUGACAAAGCAAAGGGAACAAAAUCUUGUAAAGAACGAAUAACGAUCUUGUGUUGUGCCAGUAUGACGGGAGAAAAAAAGAAACUGCUUGUUAUCGGGAAGAGUAAGCAACCUCGUUGUUUCAAAGGAGUUAAAGCUUUACCUAUUGAUUAUACAGCGAAUAAAAAUGCAUGGAUGACUCAAGAAAUCUUUAGUCAGUGGUUGAUCAAAUGGGAUAAUGAACUAGACAGAAAAAUUGUACUUUUAGUAGACAACUGCACAGCUCACAAUGUAAUUUUGAACUUGAAAAAUAUAAAACUGGUUUUUUUACCGGCUAAUACCACAUCACUUAUUCAGCCCUGUGAUCAAGGAAUUAUUCGUACACUUAAAGCUUACUAUAGACUAAAAAUGAGAAAAAGGGUAAUCACUCUCAUUGAUGAAAUGUUUGAAUGUGAGUCAACUUCGACUUUAAAGGCUAAUGACCUUUCCAAGAAAAUCAACAUUCUCGAGGCCUUACACUUUGUCAACGAAGCGUGGAAUAAUAUUAGUGAUGUGACUAUUCGAAAUUGUUUUCGUCACGGAGGCUUCGUCAAAACUGAGGAAGAGGAAGAAGAAGAAGAUGACCAUAGUAAAGACCUCACUGAAAAAACAUAUGAGGAUUGGAUAGAUAUAGAUCGUGAUCUCCAAACUUCUGAACAGUAUUCUGAGGACCAAAUUUGUCAGUCUAUAAAUGAAAUCACCAAUAACAACGAUGAGGAGAAUGACGAAAGCGAUGAAGAAGAAGUCGACGUCGUAGUUAAACCAUCAUCAAAUAAAGAGGUUCUGGAGGCUUUAGACGUGAUAAGGAGAGCUGUCCAUCACCGUGCUUAUAAAUUUCAAAUAUAA